UCCAUUUUUUUCCUCCCAUUGUUUUUGCACUUUAGCCCCUCAAGAAGCUGCGAUUUUGUGUCCGAUCCGUCGGCUCGAUUCUGCGCGUGCUUUGCAUCGAUCGAGCGCGCCGGCCGUUGGAAGAUCCCUGCGAGGCUCCUCGUUUAGCGGGCCUGUGAGGUUCGGAUCUUGUGCACAAGUUGCUGCAUUAGAAACCCUCAAAUUGGGGAUUUCCUGCUGGACGAGGAGGAAGCUUCUCAAGGCAGCUGCCUUCCGGAGGAGCUCUUCCAGUUCUGGGGGUUUCAGUAUACGCGGUUGAAAGAUUAGCUUGAGGAGUAGGCUGGCAAUCUCAUUUAUUGCGUGGGUGUUUGGUUAGAUUUCGUGUAUUGGUUACCAAAGUUUAGUUGUCAAGUCUGGUGUGGAAGCCCUCAGCCUGGAGAUUUCCUCCCUCGAGACGCCGAAGGAGCCGGCGGCUUUGGAAGGAAUUUCCUGCCAUCCUUGAGGCUGCUGAUUUCCCCCUCCUCAAGAAGUCAAGUAAGGGCUUUCUUCCAGAGGAGCUCUUCCAGUUCCUUAAGUUUGCACGCCGUGUCUAUUCAAUCUCAAUUUGCAUCCAAGAUUCACAAUCGUGUGAGACUGGGAACUCCAGAAUUUGUUUGGAUAAGGUGUUCUAGGAAUGGGGAAUCAAUGCCCAAACGGGACUCUUGGCAGUGACUACUACAAUCGUCCCGCUUCUAGGUUCGCUGAUGGAUACCUCGAGGAGGAUCGCUACUCUGACUUGAAGAAGUUUGAGAAACCAUGGUCUGAGGUGAACUCAUUUAAGCCCACUGCUGCUGGCAUUCUGAAGCGGGGAUUGGAUCCGACGUCGAUCACUGUCCUUGAAAGGAAGACAACAGACCUAAGGGAACAUUAUAUCAUUGGUCGGAAGCUUGGUCAAGGGCAGUUUGGCACAACAUACCUUUGCACCGAGAUUAGUACAGGGUGUGAGUAUGCAUGCAAGACCAUCCCAAAGCGCAAGCUCAUCACCAAGGAGGAUGUUGAGGAUGUGCGCCGUGAGAUCCAGAUAAUGCACCAUUUGUCAGGCCACAAGAAUGUUGUUGCAAUCAAGGAUGUUUAUGAGGAUGGGCAGGCAGUUCACAUUGUGAUGGAGCUAUGUUCUGGUGGGGAGCUCUUUGACCGAAUUCAGGAGAAGGGGCAUUACAGUGAGCAGAAGGCUGCAGAGCUUAUAAGAAUCAUUGUUAGCAUAGUGGCUAUGUGCCAUUCACUUGGGGUGAUGCACCGUGAUCUAAAGCCAGAAAACUUCCUCCUUUUGGAUAAAGAAGAUGAUCUGUCAAUAAAAGCAAUUGAUUUUGGUCUAUCCGUGUUCUUCAAACCAGGUCAGGUUUUCACUGAGUUGGUUGGAAGUCCAUAUUAUGUUGCUCCUGAGGUACUACACAAACGUUAUGGACCAGAAGCUGAUGUGUGGUCAGCUGGAGUGAUACUCUAUGUAUUGCUUAGUGGAGUGCCACCUUUUUGGGCAGAGACACAGCAAGGUAUAUUUGACGCUGUCCUUAAGGGGCACAUUGAUUUUGACUCGGACCCAUGGCCUAAGAUAUCUGAAACUGCAAAGAAUCUUAUAAGAAAGAUGCUCUGCCCUUGUCCUUCAGAGCGUCUGAAAGCCCAUGAAGUACUACGCCAUCCUUGGAUUUGUGAAAAUGGAGUGGCCACUGAUCAAGCUCUUGAUCCCAGUGUUCUUUCUCGGCUCAAACAAUUCUCUGCAAUGAACAAGUUAAAGAAGUUAGCUCUGAGAGUGAUCGCUGAACGGCUUUCUGAGGAGGAGAUUGCUGGGUUAAGACAAUUGUUCAAAGCAGUGGAUGUUAAAAAUCGAGGUGUGAUUACUCUUGGUGAGCUUAGAGAAGGGUUAAGAAGAUAUGGUACUGAAUUGGAGGAUAGAGAAUUUAGUGAUAUAGUGGAAGCGGCUGAUAAAGACAAUAAUGUGACAAUCAAUUAUGAAGAAUUUAUCGCUGCAACUGUGCCUCCUAACAAAAUAGAGCGUGAAGAGCACUUGAUGGCGGCUUUUACUUACUUUGACAAAGAUGGAAGUGGUUAUAUCACAGUUGACAAGCUUCAACGAGCUUGUGGAGAACAUAACAUGGAGGACUCUUUCCUUGAAGAGAUAAUUUUAGAAGUUGACCAAAACAAUGAUGGUCAAAUUGACUACGCCGAAUUCGUAGCCAUGAUGCAAGGCAACAGAAUUGGACUUAGGUGGCAACCAAUGGAAACCGCUUUGAAUGUAACCUUGAGAGAUGCACCUCAAGUACACUGAUGCACACGUGAUGUACAGAUUUUGUUCUCUUUUCUUAUUCAUCAUUUCUCCACGACCUGAAUUCGGGUCUGGGAUGCACGAGAAGAGAGCAAAUCAAUUCAUUUAGUAGUAUUUAUGAUCCCAAAUAAGUGUGGGCUGGCAAGUAGUAUAGUUUGUUAUGAGAGAUACUAGUAAGGGUUAUAUAUAUAAGUAGUGGUAUAUGUUCAUGUAGUUGUAAUCCUGUCCAGCGAUUCAAAAUACCAAAAGAGGUGCAUUCAGUUUGUUAUUUGUU